ACACACUUAGGAGGUAGUCGUGAGGACGUGGCAUGGCGCUGUCAAGGACGUUGAUUGUAAUAGGCGUUAUACUUGGAACCUAUGGCCCCGGUUGGACACGUGGCGGGGAGUAUGUUCUUGUUUCGCUGGGGAGUCACGGUGCAGCCAUCAAACCCUUCGACAUAUCCGUGACCUCGCGUUCAGUAAACCUAACGUCAGCGUCGGUGACAACAUCCUGGAACCUCACCUCGUCACAGAACACGACCGUGAGCGUAACUCAGGGUCACCUGUUUUCCUAUGGGAUGGACAGGGUUCUUCAGGGUAUCUCAACCAGAGGUGACGCCGUUCAUAUUCAGACGUCGGACGAAAUUGACGUUUCUGUAAUCAGCUGUUUCUCCCACUCUGGUGGAGCGUAUCGCGCCUUACCUGUAGAGAGUCUGGGUCAGGUCUGUUUCAUUAUAACGCCAGAUGACUGUUCAAACAACUGCCACAUCGCCAUUGCUGCAACGGAAGACAACACGACGGUGACCUUAACCCCAGGGGACAUAAUCCCAAAUUGGGAGCACGUACCAGGACUGACGUUAAGUAAUGAUACCUUUACGUUUCAGCUUGACAAACACGAAAGUAUAAAACUUGGCAGCGUGUCUGAUCUUUCCGGUACACACGUGGAGUCCGAUAAACCAGUUGCAGUAUUUUCAGGAAGUACUGGAUCAAGGGGAGACCGCGGAUUUGAUACCGUUAUAGAGCAGCUUCCGUCAUCAGACCAAUGGGGGCGGACCUUCUACACCAUCCCAACGCCCUACCAUGUGUCGAAACAAAACUUUUAUAAGUUCAUAGCUUCUCAUGCCAACACAACUGUGUCAGUAGGUGGUCAAGUGACUGACCUAUUGGACGCUGGGUCUUUCGCCACCGUAACCUUGUCAUCCGAUGCUUUCGUUGAAGUGACCAGCAGCAAGCCGUUGAUGAUGAUAAAGAUGGUCCAGAGGGACGCUGGUCUCGAUGGUUGCAUGUCGCUUGUACUUUCACUGAAUCAAUAUAUUUCCGGCACCUCCUUCUUACACAACGGCUACAACAACUACGUCUCCAUCAUCAUCAACGUCACCCACAAAGACGAUAUUCUUCUGGACCAGAGCCCUCUUCCUGGUACGGCCAAUUGGACUCUCAGCGACAAUCUCGACAUGGCCCUGGGGGUGGUGCUUGUGAGUAAUGGCAGUCACACCCUCACCGUGGCUGCCCCUGGGGUCAGGUUUGCUGCCUACCUGCACGGCGUCAGUAUCAACACAAACGCAACCGUGUGCUUGCCGCUAGGUGUCGCCCUUUCCGUCAGUAGAUGGCCCUCGCCCAUGGAUACCUGCACGUGCAGCACGGUGUGUUUUGACGAGGAUACAGUUAACCGCACGAUAACCGCCGAGUUAAUCGCCAAUCUCACCGAAGAGAUCCGAAAGAAUCUGACUGUAGAACGGGAACAGCUGUCUGCAUCUGUCCGGAAGAGGAAGGCUGCUAGCGACAAUCGGCCAUCUUCACAAGGUAUGGGGACAAUCGGCGUCGUCUUCAUCACCGUCCUGAUGGCUGUCGUGGUACUGUUUGACAUCACGGGGAUGUUUCUCGGACCCACGUAUGCAUUUUCAAAGAAGAUAAGGAGAUCGAAACUUAGACAGAAAACGAAGAAAAAGGACGAAGACAUUAUUCUCGUCUCCAAAUUACAGACAAUCACAAGUCAUGAAUGAAUAGAAGGAAAUGACGUAUGCUUUACAAGACACACGACUAACAAAUACGUGAACGUUCAGCUCACGUAUACAACCAGUUCAUGUGUAUGACCUUUAAGCAUAAGUUUGUUUGUUUGUUGUUUAACGCCAC